GUAGCAAGCGGUCCGCCGGUGAAUAGUAAAAGUGCUGAAAACCAAACAAAACUGUAGAGAAAUUUUGUAACGCUGAGGCGUUGACCUGUUUGAGUUUAUAUUCUGAUAUUUUUCUGAUUUUAAGCUUGAGAUAAGGAUCAAAUUCGAAUUAAAUCAUGCCUCUAGCACAUAACAGGACGGGUCCUUUGUUGAAGAAGUUGAGGACGCUGAUGAGCAAUAGAAAAUACGUCCCAGAGAGUAUCCAGGCCUACAUAGUACCCUCCGGGGACGCUCACCAGAGUGAGUACAUAGCUCCCUGUGAUUGUAGGCGUGCUUUCAUAUCAGGAUUCAAUGGAUCUGCUGGGACUGCAGUGAUUACAACUGACAAGGCGGCCCUGUGGACGGAUGGCCGAUAUUUCCUACAGGCGGAAAAACAGCUGGAUGAGAACUGGAUCCUUAUGAAAGAUGGACAACCCAACACACCAACUCAAGCAGACUGGUUAGCUAAGGAGUUACCUGUGGGUGGGAAGGUGGGCGUGGAUCCCUGUUUGAUAUCAGCAGAGGCCUGGUCACCAUUGAAGAAGAAUCUCCUGUCAAGUGGUCACAGUAUCAUAGCUGUCCCGAUUAAUCUGAUAGAUCUAGUGUGGGAGGACCAGCCCCCACCCCCACUGAAUCCACUUCUCACCCUGACAGAGAAAUACACAGGUAUCAGCUGGCAAGAUAAAAUUCAAAAGAUACGAGAGAAGAUGCAGACCAAGAAAUGUGGAGCCCUAGUUAUAUCAGCACUGGAUGAAAUAGCAUAUCUGUUUAACCUGCGGGGUUCUGACAUUGAGUACAACCCUGUCUUCUUCGCCUAUGCUGUUGUCACCCUGGACAACAUCUUUCUAUUUAUAGAUGACCAGAAGCUGGAUGCUGAAGUGAAGCAUCAUCUACAGCUGAAUGGGACCGACAGUGCUAUACAGGUCACGUCCUACGACAAGGUCGGCGAGGUCAUCAAAAACCUGGUCGACCAGGUGGAGGGCAAGUUCUGGAUCAGUCCCAAGUGCAGUGUGGCCUUAACUCAGUGUGUCGAGAAAACUCGACUAUUUGCCCAGACUUCACCAGUAGCUGUGAUGAAGGCAGUGAAAAACGACACAGAAAUUCAGGGAAUGAGAUCAGCUCAUAUAAAGGAUGCUGUCACUUUGUGUGAGUUAUUCUCAUGGCUGGAGAAACAGAUCCCCACUGGGUCAGUGACAGAAAUAUCAGCAGCUGACAAACUGGAAGAAAUCAAAGGAGAACAAGAAGACUUCAUCAGUUUGAGUUUUGCCACCAUCUCUAGCACUGGUCCUAAUGCAGCUAUUAUACACUACAAGCCUACAGAGGAGUCGGACACUGUGCUCAGUACUGACGAGAUCUACUUGUGUGACUCGGGGGGACAGUACAAGGAUGGUACUACUGACGUCACAAGGACGAUUCAUUUUGGAUCACCCUCAAAUCAUGAAAAAGAGUGUUACACUAGAGUUCUAAAAGGACAUAUUGCUUUAGCUUCCAUUAUUUUUCCUAAUGAAACCAAAGGUCACAUGUUAGACACCCUUGCGCGGACCUCCCUGUGGGAGGUGGGUCUUGACUAUGCCCACGGGACGGGGCACGGUGUGGGAGCCUUCCUGAAUGUACACGAGGGCCCCUGUGGGAUCAGUCCCCGGGUGUCAGCAGCAGAGAUUCCCCUGGAGGUGGGAAUGAUUCUCUCUGAUGAGCCAGGAUACUAUGAAGAUGGAAAGUUUGGAGUCCGUAUAGAGAAUCUCGUUCUUGUGGUCAAGGCAGAAACCAAGUUCAAUUUUAGAAAUAAAGGAUUCUUGACCUUUGAACCCAUUACCCUUGUACCUAUGCAACUGAAAAUGGUAGUACCAUCCUUGUUAACAGAGAAAGAGAUAAGCUGGCUCAAUGAGUACCACACACAGUGCAGGGAGGUGGUCGGGCCGGAACUCAAGAGACAGGGGAAGAAAGAGGCGUACGAAUGGCUGAUGAGGGAGACUCAGAGUAUUGGGUGAUGACAACAUAUGGAUGAAUUUUAAAUUAUCAACUCUUGAACAAAUUUAGGGUCUAAACCUGAUUAUACAUCUUUAAAAAAAUAUCACACACUUAAAUGUGAUAACAUUAAAUGAUAUGCAAUAUGAUGUCAAUUUGUCAACUUUUUCCUGAUUGAUAUUUAUUGGUGAUUACUGUCUAAAAAUUGAAGAA